AUGGUGGUAAUGCAGGCGCUCAUGCGGACGACCAUGAAACAGGUGACUCGGUCCAACCGUUUCCCACAGAUGCAGAAGUUUCGCGGAUUUGCACUACGCACACGUCGUGAUGAUGACGACGAUGACUCAUUUCGAGGCCGUCGGCACCGCAAAUUAGAUGAUUUUGAGGACAAAGAUAUGAACGAAGAGGACUCGGGCGAUCUGUACGACCCUUAUCGCACGUAUAUGGAAACUACUGGCGAGCGUGGCUAUCGAGAAUUCAAUCCAGACAAUGUGGAAGAUUUUCAGCACGAGUGGGAGGAACCCGCUGCUAUGAUGGAGGACAAGUCAUGGCCUGCCACUUCGGGUACUGACCUCUUCACAGAUCUGCUUAACAUCCCGAACGAACCGCCUAGCGGAGAAAAAUUGGACAAGAUUCUUAAGGAGGCUUUUGCUCGAAUGGGUCACACAGGUCACAUAGACGACAUAAAAUUGCCUGAAAUGGAUGUGGAGAUCCCGGCUAACCACCCAGACAGAGAAGCACUAGAGAUUAUGAAGCUUUCCAUGAUGAAUAAUGGCCGCCUCAAGAUGGAGGAUAAGAACUAUCUGAUGAAAGCCAUGAUUGACGAACUUGAUCACGUACGCAAUGACAAAACCACCUUGUUUAAGGGCCUCGACGUUACCGAGAAAGAAUAG